AUGGGUUGUGUUCAGACCAAAACUAACUCCCCAACUCAUGGCCUUCAAGGCCUUCACAAGUUGAAAUUGGAUCAUGGGUAUGUCAAGGGAGGUAAGGAAGGAAAACCCAUUAGCCAAAAACACUCCAGAAAGGAUAUUAAGGUGGUGAGGUUUAAUGGGGAGGAGAAGGUUGUUGAUGAUGGUGGUGUUGGUGUUCCUGGUGGAGGAGGAGGAGGAGGAGGAGGAGGAGGAGAGGGUGUGAUUGGAAGGGAGACAGAAAAAGGUAAAACUGGUGGGAAUGUUUCAGGAAGGAUUACAUUGAAGCAGAUUGGAGGAGAUGAUGAUACUGUGGGUGGCUGGCCAAAAUGGCUUGUUGAGAAUGUGCCUGAAGAUGUCUUAGCUGGCUUGGUUCCUAAGACUGCUGAUUCCUAUGACAAACUUGCUAAGGUUGGCCAGGGAACCUACAGCAAUGUGUACAAAGCUCGAGACAGGGACACCAAAAAGAUUGUAGCUUUGAAAAAGGUCCGCUUUGACACAUCAGAGCCAGAGAGUGUCAAGUUUAUGGCGAGGGAGAUAACAAUACUACAGAAGCUAGAUCAUCCCAAUAUCAUAAAGCUUGAAGGGAUAGCUACAUCAAGGAUGCAGUACAGUCUAUAUCUGGUCUUUGAUUUCAUGCAGUCGGACUUGACCAGAGUAGUCUCACGUCCUGGACAGAGGCUCACUGAACCGCAGGUGAAGUGCUAUAUGCAGCAGCUGCUUGCUGGUCUCCAGCACUGCCAUGAGAAUGGGAUUCUACACAGAGACAUUAAAGCUUCUAACUUGCUAAUAGACAAAAGUGGGAUGCUCAAAAUUGCAGAUUUUGGGCUUGCAAAUUUUUUCCCUCCCAAAAAACGUCCUCUUACGAGCCGAGUUGUGACACUGUGGAUGUCUAUUGGCAGAAAUGUUUGUUGGGAGGCCGGUUAUGUCUGGGAGAACAGAGGUAAAAUGCUUUGA